AUGGCCGCCAAAAACACCUCUCAUUUGAGCGCUUUAUUCAAAAAAUCAUUGGAAGAGAAACAGAGUUUACAUGAAAUGUAUAAAGAGUUUAAGACAAAGUUCCACAAGACUUAUGCCGAUAAGUCAGAGGACGGGGAAAGGGAGCAGAUCUUCAAGAGGAAUAUGUUGCGAGUGUUUGAGCACAACGUGGACGCCAUGAACGGCAAGUCCUCAUACACUGAACACAUCAACCAAUUCGCGGACAUGACUGAGAAGGAGAUCAUCGCUCAGUUCACGGGCUUUCGGAUGACACCCGAAGAGAAGAAGCGCAUGAAUGGGACGGUCAGUGGGGGGCACAAGAAGGGCAGGAAAGGGAGGAAAGGGAAGAAAGGAAAGGGCGGCAAAGAUCAGAAGCUGAAGGACGACAACAGUUGGUCAUAUGACUGGCGAUCGGUGGGAGUGAUCGGACCCGUCCAGGAUCAGGGUCAGUGCCUUUCGUGUACUCUAUUCGCAACGGCAGCACUCGUGGAGAGCUAUUGGGCGCGAAUCGGAAACGGAAUCAGACCUCUGAGUCCGCAACAGAUCCUCGACUGCGGUCUCGACUACGAUGUCUGCCAAAGUGGUUCAGCCUUUGAGCCCGUCUUCAACUAUGUGAAGGAUAGGGGACUCACAUCUUGGGACAACUAUCCCUACCAGUCCCGGAAAAACGGGUGCGAUAGGGACCGGGAGGGCCGGACUGUGGCCCGAAUAAACGAAUGGAGAUGGGUGGCGGGCAAUGGCGAUGAGGGGGCCCUCCAUUUGGCGGUUCAAGAUAACGGCCCGGCCACUAUAGCCAUACACGCGUCCGAACCGUUUUUCAGUUAUAGACAGGGCAUAUUCGACGGCCCCUGCGAUGGAGAUAUGAAUCACGCGGUACUUGUGGUGGGCUAUGGCUAUGACAAGCCCACGGAUAUGAGGUAUUGGAUUGUGAAGAACUCGUGGGGCGGCGGUUGGGGAGACGGCGGGUUCGGCUAUAUCCGCAAGGAUGCCGGCAAUAGAUGCCAUGUUGCCGACCAUUGUGUCCAGGAAUAUUUGGACGAUAAGCAGAAUUUAGAGAAAACUUUCAAAGAAUUUAAGUACGAAUUCAGCAAAUCGUAUGAAUCGCGUGAAGAGGAGCGUCGGAGGGAACAGAUAUUCCGGGACAACAUGUUGCGAGUGUACGGACACAACUUGAAAGCUCUGGACGGCAAGUAUUCGUAUACAUUACGGGUCGGUGUGGACGCGGAUUUGACUCCUGAGGAGUUUAGACAGAAUCACACGCGUUGUCCGUUCGCACUGAACCGACCCAUAGCUCACAAUGAGUCGCACACCGGCGAUAAGAGCGGGUCAGUCGAUUGGCGCCAUCAAGGAAUAUCCGGCCAGAGAGUGCUCACCCAUGAGGAUAUGAUACAGAGCUGGAUAGACACUACUGGAUCGUCAAGAACUCUUACGGAGACGACUGGGCUGAAGGGGUUACAUACGGUUGCAUCGCAGCGCCACCACCACGUGUCCACUUUAUUGGAAUAUUUGGACGAUAAACAGAACUUAGAGAAUGCUUUCAAUGAAUUUAAGUCUGAAUUCAGCAAAUCUUACGAAUCUAGCGAAGAGGAGCGUCGGAGGGAACAGAUAUUCCGGGACAACAUGUUGCGAGUGUACGGACACAACUUGAAAGCUCUGGACGGCACGUAUUCGUAUACAUCACGUGUCAGUGUGGACGCGGAUUUGACUCCUGACGAGUUUAGACAGAAACACACGCAUUGCAAGUUCGGAAUAAGCCCACCCAUAGGUCACUCUAAGUCUCACUCGACUUCUGUUGACUCGCACACCGCCGAUAAGAGCUGGUCAGUCGAUUGGCGCGAUCAAGGAGUAAUUGGACCUGUGCAGGAUCAACAAGAUUGUGGGUCGUGUGUGCCAUUUGCAAUGGCAGCAAUGGUAGAAAGUUAUUGGGCUCGUAGUGGCCACGGAAUCACCCCACUUAGCCCCCAGCAAAUUCUCGACUGUUUCCCUGGAGCGUCCUGUGAAGGAGUGCAUUCUACAAAUUUUCGCCCACUUUUAUCCUACAUUCAGAAAAAUGGUUUGACAUCAUGGGAAAACUAUCCAUAUACUGCCAAGGUACAUGUGAUCGGGAAAGGGAGUCUAAACGGGUGGCAACCAUUGGAAUUGGCUCUCUUCUGCUAG